AUGAUUCGGGAAGUAAACUUAAUGAUUCGAAGCGAAAUAUCAGACGGCAAUGAUAUAAACGCUCAAUUAAAAACUUUUCCUGUGAAUCCAAAGUGUCAAAAAUUUUUACUUAAUCAUUUCUAACUUUCAUUCAAACCAUCUAAUACUCCAGCGAUUGGCGCUGCUACAUCUUUUCGGUUAUAAUUUAUUGCCCUUUCAAUCUAUCUAUCUAUCUUACUUUAUUUAUUUUAAAAAAAUGAAAAUAUUUUUAAUAGAAAAAAUGAAGUGCUCGAGAUUGAACUUUGGUUGGCAGGCUUGAUUUAAAAAUAUAUUAAAAAAGUGUAAAGGUGGUAAAUGAUUUUGAUUAAACCUACUAUCUCUUUCAAUAGAUUUUUGAGCAAUUUUAUCAGUUUUAUAAUUCAAAAUUUGAAAUAAGAGGGAAAAUACAAACUCAAAAAUCAUCUCAGAUAAUUAUAAUCAUUUAAUAAAGCAAAAAAUUAACAAAAGAAAAAAAACAAGAGAGUAAAGUGCAAAUCUUUCUGUAAAGCAAUAAAUGAUAUUGAUCCAUAUAAAAUUUUUAUUGGAUAAACUGGAAAUACAUAAGAAAGUGGGGCUAUAGUUUUUAAGGAAUCUUUUAAUCCCGUUAAAAAAAAAAAUUCGUUCUAAUAUCCAUAUCCCUAAGUAGCCUCAUGCCCGUCUUUAACCUAAUAAUUCAGCUUAAAACCCUUAUCGCGAUGA